AUGCCAAAGAAAGAAGGAGGUGUUUGUUCCCCAGGUGGAGCUUGUUAUCAAUUCCCAUCACCAGGAUGUUCGAUGUGCUGUAUGAUUUUCUCAUUGUUUGGUGUCAUUGGUUUGUUGAGUAUUGGAGGUCUUUUCAAGGAUUCAUAUAAGAAGGCUGAAGGUGAAGAUGCCUUAACUAGAUCAUCAGAGGAAGUCGCUCAAAAGGCUGCUUUCAUUGGUGCUGCUAUUUAUGCUGGUGUUAUUGCUCUUUGUUUUGGUUUGUUCCUUUGGAGAAAGUUCACCAACAAGAAACCAGAAGAAGACGAUUUAUAA